AUUAGAGCAGGUUGUGAGUUUGUGGCUCCAGUGGGGCUUCACUGCGGUUGUUGUUCCGGGGAAGGUUGGCUGCGGCGGGACCGACGUCUUUCUCCCGAAGGAGAAGGUUCAGUCUCCCGCCAUGGAAGCCGAAGAGACGCCGAGUGAGGAGCCACCCAAUGCUACUCCUUACUACUGCAACAUCUGCAAAAUCUAUUGUGCAUCACUCAUAAAUCUUCAAACUCAUUUCCUUGGGUAUAGACAUAAGGCGGUUGAAGAAGCUCUAAAAUCCCAUGGCAUUGUUAAGUCUUUAAGCGAUACUGGGGAAUCAAUUAGACCACCAGAAACCCUUCCAGAUUACAUUCACACUGAGCCUGAAAGACAUUUUGGAAAAACUCUGGAAGAGCAACUUAAUUCAUGUAGGGAUACUGAACCUGCUAUUGGUCUCCAAUAUGUAACUGAAUACCAGUCAAAAGAAAGUCUACUCUAUGAGUGUAAUCUAUGCGGCUGUCAGACAGGACUAACUAACAUGUUCAUGCAUGUUUUGGGUGUUAAACACAGGCUUGCAUAUUUGAAAAAACACCACCCUAAAGUGGCAGAUGUUAAAGGGCGAGGUUCCCACUUGAGUAGAAAACUUAAAGAGAUUGCUGCAAAAGUUGAACAAGAGGAAGGAAGAAAACAUAUAAUGGUUUCCAUGGACAUUCCAGUUCUGAAAGAGGAUAAAUAUUCACUUCAGCUUUCAGAUUCUCUUGUCACUUGGUUUUGUGAAGAUGAUGAUGCCCCUAAACUGAAGGACAGUGCUAAGAACUCUAAGGAAGAUAACCGGAAGGAAGAAGAUACCAACAAGCCAACAAAAGGGCAGUGUGAUGAUGGCAGCAAUUCAGAAGAUGUAGAGCAGCAGGAUAAGAAUACAGUGCAGCUAGAAAAUGUAACGUUAAGUGAUUCAGAUUCAGAAGAAUUCUCUAACAAUGAAGAACUAUUAAAUUACUUACAAACCUUUGAAAUAGUGGAUGAAGAAGAUGCUUCAUUUAUCCUGAAAGUUACCCAGAAACUUACUAAUGCAUUGGUGGUGUAUCGUGAGAAGGUUUCAGAAAGAAAAAACUCUUUUGAAUCAAACCCAGAAGAAAAUGUUGAUCCAUCAGAACAGUCAAGGAUGACUUCUGGGAGAAGAGAUGAACCUGACAUUGGUUUUUCUGAAAAGCAAUCUCCUGCUCAAUACUCAUAUGAAGAUAUGGGAACAGUGUUGAAUGUGAAUCCACCAAAUAAGCGAAAAGCAUCACUGCUAUGUGUAAAUGACAAAGCUAUGCAUUGUAAACGUGGGACUUUUGUGUCCACAUUUGUAGAAGUACCCAAUGAACAUGCUUCUCCUGAUGAAAUGCAAGAUACCCCUUCUUCUCAAGAAUGUUUACCAAAUUUUGAAUCAGACAAAAAUUCUUCAUUUCCAAAUCUGUCAGAGGCAUCCACUGGCUCUCUUCCUGGACCAUCAGUAUCAGAGAGUCGUAUUAUUGCAAAUUUUUUCAGCAGUAUAAAAAAUAUGGAAGCUGAUGAAGUUGCUGCCACCUUGCACAAAAUAGCCUCAUCAAACCCAUCAUUCAGUGGAAUGGAUGUUGAAAAUGUGAUAAAGAUCCUGACUGAAAAUGGGAUCCUUAUAUCUAAGAAGACCACCAGCACAAAUUGAAGAAAAAUGGUUAGUUAUUAGUGAUGCUGUAAUUUUGUACAGAUUGUGGAGAUAAUAGUGCAAUUCAUCUGUGUUGUAAAACUUAAUGGCUGAGUAUUUUUUGUCAUCUGCUUAUUAUUUCUGUUCAUCAUUUAAAAUAAUAUGAUCAUUUUGCCUCUGGAUGUUGCUCUCAUUUAUAUUGUGACCUUUAUUUGAGCUGAAGAUAGAUGCUGUUGAAAUAGUUAUCAGUUCUCUGUUUUAUCUUUUUGGUUUUGAUUAUUUUUUGUUACUAACAUUUAAGAUUGUAUUAAGGUGCACCAAAAAAGGUGUAUAAAUAUUUUAAUGAAUACAA